AUGAGACAAACGCUGGAAGGUCUCCAAAACCAUUGUGUUCAAAUAGCCUGUGAAGAAAACCUUGUCGAUCUGGAAUAUGCAGACAACAUCGUUCGCAUGUUCAAAGAAAAGGAGAAGGCGCAGGUGUUUUUGGAUGAACUGACCAAAGUCAUCCCGUCCUUUGGUAUGCAUUUUGCACCCACAAAGUGUAAGACAAUUAGUGUGAUGGCUCAAUGGUUCGAGGGUGAUCGGAAAAUUCGUGGUUCGAACUCGGCUUGGGCAACCUCUCGGUAUCCCAGCCCUCGUGCUUCCUUCUGGUGGCAUGGAAAAUCGACAAGCAGACCCCAUUUAUACAUCAAUUUCCUUUUGACGGGAAACUCGCCUGAAUGUGUUGCACCAGGCUGCUUCAUGUUCCAUUCGUUUGAGUUCCCUAUUUUUAUGAAAGUGUUCUCCUCACUUGAGACUAGGGAAAAACUUCUCUGCCUUGUCAGUGUGGUCGGCGUUCCUCGAAAGCGACAACAGAGAUGCAGAUUCUAUCAGGCUGCAACAGUCCAGUUUGAUGCGGACCGUUGCACGUCAAAGUCACGGGUUGUCGAUCGAUCACAGCUUUGCACACCCUUGGACUACGUGCAAAGAAUGCUUUCACCCAUGAAGGAAACUACUCACAAGGUUGCUGAAAACUCUUCGACAGCCCACGACCGAUUUCGCCCUUCUUGGGGCUCAUCAGGUAGGCGCAGUCCCCGAGUUUCCAUCAACCUUAUGUCCUACUUGAACCCAAAUUGGAUUGUUCUCGAGAAGUACACUCAUUUGCAAAUCACUUUGAUUUUCACGAGAAACUCAACUGAAUCUCUGGUUUAUGAUGUCCUACAACUGAAUGUGCUGCAACGGCCUGGCAACCUGGCAGCAUAUCAGCCCUCAUGCUUCCUUCAAGUAGCAUGGCAGCUGUGUACCGAAGAGGUGUUACAACUAAACGACUGA